CUGAGUUGUUAAACACUGUUGGGCAUCGUGUCUCUGUCUCCUCCUCAGGUGUACAUGUACCAGCUGUUCCGCAGCCUGGCCUAUAUCCAUUCCCAGGGCGUGUGUCACAGAGACAUAAAGCCUCAGAACCUCCUGGUGGACCCAGAAUCGGCCAUCCUCAAACUCUGUGACUUUGGCAGUGCAAAGCAACUAGUUCGAGGGGAGCCAAAUGUUUCCUAUAUUUGCUCGCGGUACUAUCGUGCCCCAGAGCUCAUAUUUGGUGCCACCGACUACACGUCCAAUAUUGACAUCUGGUCAGCCGGCUGUGUGUUGGCCGAGCUGCUGCUGGGUCAGCCCAUCUUCCCCGGAGACAGCGGUGUGGACCAGCUAGUAGAGAUCAUCAAGGUUUUGGGGACGCCAACAAGGGAGCAGAUCCGGGAGAUGAACCCCAACUACACAGAGUUUAAGUUCCCACAGAUCAAAGCACACCCUUGGACAAAGGUGUUUAAGCCUCGUACCCCACCGGAGGCCAUUGCUCUCUGCUCUCGACUGCUGGAAUACACGCCGGUGACCCGGCUGUCGCCACUGGAGGCAUGUGCGCACGCCUUCUUCGAUGAGCUGCGCCAGCCGAACACCCGCCUCCCCAGCGGGCGAGAACUUCCGCCCCUAUUCAACUUCAGUCCCGUUGAGCUGUCCAUUCAGCCCCAGUUGAACUCCACACUCAUUCCUCCUCACGCUCGUGCACAGACAUCGCCUGCAUCACACGAGGGCAGUGUGUCAGACAGUACCGCCCAGCCCAGCUCAGCACCUAGCUCCAUCAACAACAGCACCUGAGCAUUCAUCCCUCUGUCAUAUUUUCUGUUUUGUCUUCCCCAUGUUCUUUUUACUUUCCUCUGCUCCUCUCCCUCUCAACCUUCCUCCUGGCUCCAAACCCUUAAAAUACAAGGAAAAGAAACUAGAUACACCCACGUAAAAACUCAGCACUGCUAUUUCCCCUGAAUAUUUAACCAUUUUCAAUAAAAUGCUGCGCCUGCAGCUAUGGGUUGAGGACAUUUAGGUAGUUGUGCUUGGGCUUAUUUAUAGGAUGCAGGCCCAAGUCCAGGUUGGCUGCUGUCUGACCUCUUAGGAUGUUUAGGAGAUGAGGAGGGGGCUUGUAUAUAUUAUGUGGAUUAUCUGUAAUAUAAUCAACAGUUGGCUUUUAUCCCUUUUUUUCUUUUUUAGUUCAUUUUAUUUGAAUUUUAUGUGUGGCCACAGUGCCAUUGAUUGGGAUCCUGAUUGGCUAGUUAGUGCAUAAGGCCCGACUGGUAGACAAUCAUCCUUUGUGGGGUCAAAAAUGCCACACUUAUACUGUACAGCUAACUCUGUGGACUGUCUGUCGCUUUCCACUUAAGUUGUCAGUUCACAAAGGCCACUGGUGAACAGAUUCACCAGAGGAAUGAUUUGAAACAAAAAAAAUCUCCCAGCGAAUACAGUGUUGGCUCAAGAUUGUGCGUGUCAUUUUAGAUAAGAGGUGGUUUUAGAUUUUUAUUACAGAGAAGAGCUCCCCAGCCCGUGUUCACCGUUUGUUUUCGAGUAUUAGCUCCAGCACUGCCUUUUACGUGAACGAGAGGGAGUUUUGUGCGAGCAGAGCGCACAUCUUCAGUUUUUUCUGUAUAAGCUCAUGUCGUCAUUUAAGCUGGAAACCAAGAGUUUCAAUUUAAUUCUCAAGUGAGUAUUGCACAUCUCUAAAAGGGAGUAGAGGGAAGCAAAUGUUGGUGGGGGGCUCCGGCUACAUCUCAGAGUAGCCUCGGUGCCUCGCCGUGUUUUGAAUGAUGUUGCUGUUUGUAUCAGCCUGAUUAUGUUGAAGAAUGCUGUUUUCGCCGCUCACACCAUCACUGGCGCCGCUUAUUGUUUGUGCUGGAGGAUGACUGUGAUUUCAUUUUGUGUGUCGCCAGAGUGUUGAAACCAUCUUCGCCCCUUCCCAAAGCAAGUCCGCCUGCAAAGCUCAUAUCAUGUUCUCCGCGCCAUGCGGUGAUGGUCGGGAAUGAUUCACGCAGCUGGCAGUCCUCUGUGGGCGUGGCCAGUUUCCUCUCUUCCAACACGCAUGUUCAGCCCAUGACGACCACGCUGUUUUACUUCCACUAAUAUCAGUAAUAAUCUGACCAGAAAUUAUGCUCGAACCCCUGAAAUCCAACAGCUUUUGGAGCCUCCCCCCUUCCAUCCCUCCUAGUCUUCAUCCCUCUGGCUUCAGAUUCCCCCUUUUCUUCUUUUUUUUUUUU